UAACCUUGUUUACCCCAGGUAUGCCGGCUAUGCUUCUAUGUGUGAGAGACAAACACAUAGAAUAAAUAAAUGUCUAUUUAUUACAGUGUUUGUGACUAAUGAGCAAAUUUACCCCCAAGCCAGUAAUUACUCUGCAAUGUUGAUCUGUUAGAGUUUUUAGCCCUGUGUAUCUAAUUAUAGGAGCAUAAACAUAAACUUUUGCUUCUGGUUGCUGCCAUGUUUGCUUUGGUGUGCUUUUCCAUCAAUCUUUACAUCUGCCGCAAGCUCUGUGAGCUUGACAGGGCCAGGCUCAGCGCCACAGAGAAUCACCCUGUCAGUUUUCAUGUCUCAGCGUCUUCCCCCGGCGGCGUCACUCUUCUCCCUCGCUGCACAGAUCAAAGAACUGACAGAUGCCCCAAUGUUGUCUCUCCCCUUCUCCCUUAUAUCUCUGACUUGCACUUUUUCUCAGUCUUAACCCUCUACCUCUGUCACUCACCAUCUCUUUCUGUCCUUACAACCAGCUUUCUCCCUGACUACAUCAGUGGGGAUUUUGAUUCCAUUACACCAGAGGUUAAAGCUUUCUAUGCAGACAAGGGGUGCAGGCUCAUAGAAACAGCUGACCAGGAUCUAACCGACUACACCAAAUGUCUUGUAAAAAUGCUGGAAGAGAUACAGACACGAAAGCUGCAGGUGGACACCAUAGUGACACUGGGUGGGCUCGCAGGGAGAUUUGACCAAACCAUGGCAUCGGUUGAGACGCUCUUUCAUGCUCAGUCCAUGACACAGCUGCCUGUUUUGAUCAUACAGGAAACAAGCUUGGCAUACUUACUCAGACCUGGAACCAGCAGACUUGGGGUAAACACCAGCCUGGAGGAAGAGUGGUGCAGCCUCAUUCCUGUAGGUGCACCCUGCCAAACAGUCACCACAGGACUCAAAUGGAACCUGGAUAACCAGAUCCUGCAGUUUGGGAAGCUUGUGAGCACCUCCAACACCUAUGAACCCACAGCAACAGGGAGCCCCAGGAAGCCUGUGACUGUGACAACAGACCAGCCUCUGCUUUGGAGCAUGGGCAUCCGCAUUAAUGAGAAAUAACAGAAACUACCUCGAAGAAACUACCUUUUGUUUUUAAAGGUAGAACAAAAACCACUUGUUAAGGAGUGGAUUUCGUCACACUUUGAAAGAUCAUGAUUUAAAGUCAUUUGCUAAUUUUGACUGUAGAUCAUGUCCAUAAGAGCACAUUGAACUGUAUCCCACACCAUGUGCCUUCAACUUCUCUCCUUUUUUUUGCCCCACAUAGGAAUGUGAAAAGUGCCUUAUGUCAUGUUUUAGACUUGGGCUUGUCAUAACUGUAUUAUUGCACUCAAUUCCAAAAUUAAAAACUGUUUUCACAAUAAAGUGACAAAUUUCCCAAUUUAUUAAAAAGUAA